AUGUUUUCUUUCAAAAUCUGUCAUAAUCUUUUUCAUCCCUCAGGUAAAGGGCUGCUGGUGUUAUCCGGCCAGAAGUGGUUCCAGCACCGCCGGCUGCUGACCCCUGCCUUCCAUUAUGAUGUAUUGAAGCCGUAUGUCAGACUCAUGUCGGACUGUGUGAAUGUCAUGCUGGAUAAAUGGGAACACAUCAUCCCAGAUAAGAAGCCAGUGGAGCUGUUCCAUCAUGUCAGCCUCAUGACGCUGGACACCAUCAUGAAAUGUGCCUUCAGUUACCAGAGCAACUGCCAGAAUGACAGGUCAGUAUUCGGGGAUUCCAUCACUAGUUUCCAUUAUUUAACAUAUCUAACCUACAGAUUCGUCUGUCUGCCCUAUCACAGCGAUAUCCUAUUCCAUCUGAGUCCUCAUGGAUUUCGCUUCAGGAGAGCCCUGAGGACAGCACAUCAGCACACAGAUGGAGUCAUUAAGGAAAGGAAAGAGUCCCUCAAGGAGGACAAAGAGCUGGAAAAGAUCCUUCAAAAGCGACAUCUGGAUUUUCUGGACAUUCUUCUCUGUGCUAAGGAUGAGAAAGGUCAGGGGUUGUCUGAUGAGGACCUGCGUGCAGAAGUGAACACAUUCAUGUUUGAAGGACAUGACACAACGGCCAGUGGGAUCUCUUGGACAUUAUAUUGUAUGGCCAAAUACCCCGAACACCAAGAGAAAUGUCGAGAGGAGAUCAAAGAGGUCCUAGGAGACCGGGAGACUGUGGAAUGGGAAGAUCUGGGUAAGAUGCCGUACACCACCAUGUGUAUUAAGGAGAGCAUGCGCCUGUAUCCACCUGUGCCAGGAGUGGCUCGUGAACUUACCUCACCAAUCACAUUCUCUGAUGGGCGGAGCCUGCCUAAAGAUAUAAGAAAGUUGUGGAACUGCUUUUCUGUUGGAGACUUGAACAAUAAUUGUCUUUCUUGCUUUCAGAUAUUUGAUCCAUUGAGGUUUUCACCAGAAAAUGCCUCCAAAAGACAUUCUCACGCUUUCCUCCCCUUCUCAGCUGGAUCUAGAAACUGUAUUGGACAGAAUUUUGCGAUGAAUGAGAUGAAGGUGGCCCUCGCACUGACAUUACAGAGGUUUGAAUUAUACCCGGAUAAAGAACAGGAACCCUUAAUACUUGCUCAGCUAAUCCUGCGGUCCUUAAAUGGAGUACAUCUGUACCUAAAGAAAAUAGAUUCUUCCAAAAAGACAAAAGUGUAA